CAACCAGCAAGGUUUUGUGAGCUGCUUCGCUUUCGUCUAGGUCUGUGAUGGUUUGAGUCUGACAAUCAACAGACGUAUAGCGACAAUCCAUCUUGUGCUCAACUCUACCACACAUUCAUUUUAAAUGUGGCGGUUUGCAUCAAUGAUGAAGUGACGACGUGGGAGGCGCAGUAACGAGCCAGUUGAAGCUACAUGCAUAUUUUUUUUUUUACAAUAACUUAUUUUGAAGUGAUAAUACAUACAGUAAUAUAGCAGUAUUACACAACUGCGCUACAAAAAAAAUAGGGUUAGGCAAUUUUGAACAGUAGUAAAUUGGAAAACCUCAGCUACGUAUCAAUUGUACAGACAGUUACCAUGGCAACAGCUCUUAAUCUCAAACGCUAGCUAAACGCAUGAUAAAAAAAAAAAUCCCGGCGACCUCAGCUAACGCUGUCUACUACAGAUUCUCUGCUUUAUCGUAAUCUCGUCAAAAAGCAGCUUACUCACGAUACCUUAUCGUUAAAGGAAUCCUCUGUGUAAGGUAUGACUCAAAGAAUCUCGUUAGCAUGACAGCUAAGUUCUGCUGUCAUCCAACACCGUGAUGAAGUACUCGGUGUUGCGUAUUGCCUUCUGAUAUAUGCACUCGAUUAUUAUAGAGUAAACGUGCGAAAGCCACCUAAUUCUGUAUAUCGGUGGUUGCAUUAUACCUUAUAAUAAGCGACGCUGUAGUGCUUAGUACUGUUUCAAGGGCUUCUAAUCCGCUUUGAACGUCUUAUUUUAGGGAUGGGAGUGUCGGCUGUGGUUGACCUCCAGAUGAGUGGCAGGUAGCGACAGGUGCUAAAGUAAUGUUUUAGUGCCAUAUACAAUGAAGAAGAUAUUCAGCUUCACUAAAAAGAAAAAACACCCGUUAGACACUCCAGACAGUGCAAGCAGGCUUUCUGUUGGCUAUGAACUGAAAGACAAGGACCUAGGGAAGGUUCACAAGGCUGCCUUAGCGGGUGAUUUGGCAAAGCUGAAGCAGUUGGCUAAGAAGAAUGAUGUCAAUCAACUUGACAAGGAGAACAGAACCGCACUGCAUAUUGCCUGUGCUAGUGGUCAUGUCGAGGUGGUACACUUCCUCGUUGAGAGCAAAGCCAAGCUUAACCUAUGUGACAAUCAAAAUAGAUCUGCCUUAAUGAAGGCAGUUCAGGGCCAGCAUGACAACUGUGUGAGCAUACUGCUGGAAAAUCAUGCUGACCCUAAUCUGAUGGACAUCAAUGGCAAUACGGCACUACAUUUAGCGGCAAACAUCCCAUCCGUCCCCACUGCUGUCCUGCUGCUGCAACAUGGGGCUCAAAUCAAUUCCCAGAACAAGGAGGGUUUCACACCUUUGAUAGUAGCAGUGCGAGAGAACCAUAUUGAGAUGGCUCAGUUUCUCCUCAAGGAGACUGCUGAUGUGAAUUCUGUGGAUCAAGAUCAAAGGUCCCCAUUAAUGAUAGCUGCUGGAAAUGGCGAAGUCUGUAUGGUAAAGCUGCUCCUGCAGUUUGAUGCAGAUACCACACUAAAGGAUACCAAAGGAUGUUCAGCUGAUAACUAUGCAGGAAUAAAUGGGCAUCACUCUUGUUCCCACCUGAUCAUAGAGCAUGAUACCCAGCGUUCGGACAGGGCUUCCCUAUCACAUCAAGAUCUGAGCAAGAAGAAGAAAAAAAUGCUGAGUGCUCCUUCCCAAGAUCUUGAAGCAGGCUUCUCUUUGGGAGGACCAGCCACUGACAGAGAUGAGCAUGGAGCAGAUGAAGCAGGGAAAGAUUUUGAAGAUAAUUCUCAGUCAGAGUCACUAAGUCGUGUUUCAAAAAGGGCUGCAGAUGAUUGGCCAUCAUCAGAUGAUGAUGAUGAAUCUGUUUUAAUUGAAAAGAAACCUCUGAAAGUUGACCUCAGCAAAAUGAUUGCAUCUAAAAAGGGAGAAGUAGCUUCGGCACGAGCUGACACAUCGUUGAGUGGCUCAGACUCUGAGCCAGAAAGUGAAAAUAGAGUUCAGAGAAUCCCAUCCCUCCCAAAGGCUUUGUCAUCCAGCAAAAGUCUUCAGCAUCCAGUAGAUCCCACUCCCAUUACCUUCCUUACCAGUGCAUCCCACAUGACUUCCACUCCGCUUCCACACUACAGAAAGAAGGAAGAUUCCACUGAGGAUGAGGAAGAGGAUGAGGGUGAUAAUGACCAAGAGAGGGAACAAGAGGAGGAGGAGGAAGGAGACGAAUCAGCUGAGAAUGAUCAGCUUGAAGAAAGUGGAGAGUCUUGUGACGCCAAUUCGCCUGCUCCUGAGGCCGAAGUUUCUAAAGAGAAGAAGAGGGAUUUCCUGUCUGAGCUGGGUCUAGAGGGGGGUGAGGAUGACCAGAGUUCAUGGAGCUCUGAGUCCCACUCAGAAAACCUGAAUGUUGACGAGCAGAAACGAGGAUUAAAUAGUCAGAAUGAAGGAGAGAAAGAAGAGAUUAAAAUGAACUUGUUAUAUGUUCCCUCAUUUGUAAGAGGGGAUAGAGGCAAUAAGAUGGCAGUGCUAGAGCCUCGGAGGAGUGUAGGCAGGCCAAGAGUCAGCCAGGGAGGGGUUGCCAGCAGCAGUAAUGACAAUCUUGAAGGUGAACCUGCCGAUCAGUACAAUAAAGUACAGAAAGAGACCGAGAGGGCAAAGUGGGUACCAACUAAUGUUUUGAGGAAGCCUGAAGGCGAUGUCAGCCGAAAGACAGAUUUAAUGGAAGAGCUUGAUCUGGGUGAUGUUGAUGAUCUGGAAGCUCAAAAAGCAGAUGCAUCGGACUGGGAUUCAGCCAGUACUGCCAGUAUGGGAGCCCAGUGUGGUCACGGGGUUGCGUCCCCUGUAGUUGAGAAAAUUCCAGAGUGCUCCAGUUCAUCUGAUAAGGACCAGGACAAAGAUGAUGUUGCCACAGCAGCACUGACGCAUCAGAAGGGCAUCAGCCCAGACGAGAGACUGCCCAGCACACCCUCUCAAGCUGUUCCUCAGCCCCAACCUCGUACGCGGAAGACGGUCCCUCAGAAACUAGAGAGUGAAGAAGAAUCUGAUUGGGAAACCGAAAACAUAACAUCUCGCGAAACAGCUGAAAAUGACAAUCCACUACAAAAUAUGGCUGAGCCUCAAGCAACGGUUAAACCAAGGUCUGCUGACCCCUCACUGAUGGAGAAAGACAGUGAAAUCAUCACAGAAUUUGAAGAGCAGCAACAAAAGGAGAAAGAUGAUGCAGUAGAUAGAAGUGAGUUAGAGCUAAAUAAAUCUGACAAUAGAAAAAAGGAUAACGAGUUUAGAGAUCAGUGCAGUGCUGGAGAAAGCGGUGGCGUGCCAUGGGAAAAACGUUAUGAGAAGCUCUGGGUAGAGGUGGAGAAAAGAGAGGUAAAGUCCACCUUCAAGAGUGUCGCUGGUGAAUUAAAAGAAAAGUUUGGAGAACUGUUUAAAUCAAGACAUGACAUCAGAGAAGAACAGGCCACAGCUGGCUCCGCCUCUGCAGAAGAAGAUUCAAGUGAUGAAGAAGAUGGGGAAGUCAUUGAGCGUCCUACUGCGAGAGCAAGAAGCACUCCCCUUAUCACCAUAGCUGAGCAGAGAGAGUCUGGACCAGAGGACUCUGCAGCUGAAUCGAACGUAAACUCCUUAUGCGAGGACAGGAUGAAGGAGCAACCAGCUUGUGAUGGCACCAUCACAAGCCAUGCUGAUUUACGUCAAACUGAGGAGAAUACUGCAAGUUCAGAAGACGAUCUCAACGAAUUUGGUAUAAGUCAGCCUCCCUUCAGACAUUCAGCACCCGUUCCCGGUGUUUCUGGUGAAGAGUUGGAAGAGGACGUGGAAAAGUUUAAACUUGAGAUUGGAGAAGGGAGAACAGAAAUCGAGGUUGAGGUACAAAAAUCAAGUACUUCCCAGGUUACUAGUGGAAUAGCAUUGGAGGAAACUGGUAUGGGGAAACCUGAGACCAGCUUAGGAUGCAUGUCAAAUCAAGCUGAAGCACUUGACCAGGAGCAGCAGCCCGAGGCCGCCAUGAGCACCAACAGGGCUCCAGUGCAAUUGCAUCUCCCAGUCCAGCUAACCUGCAUUAGCAACAAACAAGAGAAGCAAGCUGUAGUGGAGACUUUACAGUCAGAGUUGGUCCGAGGGGCCCGGGGCAGCAGAGCCCCUCAGACCAACACACAUAUUAAUGGAGAUCCUCUCUGUGUGUUUGACGAUGGCACUUUAAGUGAAGUGUCGGAUGAUGAAGGAAGUUUGGCAGCCAGUGGACCAAAGAACGAUAAGGACCGUGAAGAGUUGGGAAUGGCAGAAGAUUUUGAUGAACUCACUCAGUCCUCAGACACAGCCACAGAUGAUGCUGAUUCACCCGCUACAGGCUACAGUCACGCCUCCCUCCUCAUUAAGAAACUGGACUCAGCAACUUUGGACUCAACAUGUGUAGUGAAGCUGCAGAACAUUUUCCAUGAAUAUGAGCGCUCCAUCAAGAAGGGAAAGGAUCGGCAUAAGUACUUGACUGAUAAAGUGGUCCUGCUGGAAACUGAGAGACGAGACUUGAAGAGCUCUUUGGAGGACAUUAAAGAUGCCAAGUCUGCCAUGGAGCGGGUGCAGUUGGAAUUACAGACUGAAGUUACAAAUCUCAAAUUUCAGCUGAAACAAGAACAGGAGAAUCACCGCCACACCACCAUGAAGUACAGUACCGCUGCCGAUAAGAUGAGGAGGAUGGAUGAGGAACAUCAGAAAGAAAUUCAGGAAAUGCAGAAGGUGCACAUGAACCUCGAGCUAGAGAUUAAAAGACUCAUUAACAACAUGAAACAGCUUGAACAGGCCCACAAUGAGACGCAGAGACUGCUGGCUCAGGAGCGCAGUGCACGCACCCUUCAGGAGAAUCUUCUGAGCAGCCAUCUGAGGAAGAACCAAGAGAUAGAGGAGGAAAACAAAAGAAACAUGAUCAAAAGCAGUGAAGUCUUAUCUCAGCUCACUGAAGCCAGUGACAGGGAGCGAGAGUUACUGCAGCAGACUGCUUCCUUACAGGAGCAGCUCACCCUCCUGAGGACAGACUUUGAGCGUUUGCAGACUCAAAGCAGUCUGAACGAGAGCCAUCUUAUAGAGGCGAGGGAGAUACUGAAAGAAGAGCUUGAAGAGGUACGACGGGAAUCCCAGCUUAACAAUGAAACCAUGGCCCAAGUUGUGUUCAACUGCAAAAACCAGGUUACAACCCUUAAAUCUGAACUGGCAAUAACAACGUCCCGUCUAGAAAACGAACGUCAGAUUCAUGAAAAACUGGAGGAGGAGGUUGAAUUGAGUCGUGCUCGUCUGGCUGCAGCUGUAAAGGAUGCCGAGCUUUGUCUCGCAUCUAAGUCAGAAACUGAGAAGGCUCUGCUCCGGGAGAAAGAGGAACUUCACCGUCUCAAAGACAGAUUCACUGGUGAAUCAGCCAGUCAGCGUGAGGAAGUCAGUAGCCUGUCCCAGAAGUUGGCCAAGGCAGAGUCCCAAUCAAACAGCAUGGAAAAUGAAGUUCAUCGUACCACCAUGCAGCUGACGGAGAAGGGCGUACUGCUGGAAGUGCUACAGCGGGAAAAGGACCAGGCAGUCGCUCGUGUCAAGGAGCUAGAAAAGGCUCUGCAGACUCACAGGGAGGAGGUCAGCUGUAACAAAGCACGUCAAGAGGCUACACAAGAGCGGCUAGUUCAAACGCAGAGCGAAGCCAUGUUACUAAGACAACAGCUAGAAGAGGCCCAAAACAAAGGUGCUGCAAAGGAGCGUGCUGUGACAGAUGCUCAAGAGCGCUUCAGUGACAUUUUGUCCAAGCUGCGCUCUGACUGUGAAGAGAGGGUACAGUUACUGGAGGACAGAAAUAAGGAGCUCGCCAGUAAGGCGGUGGAUCUCCGCGAUCAGGUCUACAAGUUGGAGGAAGACAAGAAUGAAAGAGAGACUAGUCUGAGGCAGCUGCAGCAGGAACUCGCCGACUCACUCAAAAAGUUGUCAAUGAGCGAAGCGUCUCUGGAGGUCAACACGCGCUAUCGCAAUGACCUGGAGGAAGAGAAGACUCGGCUGCUCAAAGACCUGGACAGACUCAAAGGAAAGCUGGAGGAAAGUGAGGAUGAGUAUGUACAGGCAGAGAGACGUAUUAACAGCCUGAAGAGCAGUUUGGAAGAAAGGGAAAAGGAACUCUCAACUGCUGCUCAGAAACUCCAGGAGGCGCUGUCUACCUCAGCUGCUUCUGACACCACGAUCAAACAGCUGGAGGAUGCUGUGCAGAGGCUGGAGAUUGAGAAUGCCAGACUAGAAGCUGCUGCGAAGCAACAGUCCAACAAAAUUGAUGCACUGCAGAAAGGAGCUCAGGAAGCUGCCGCGCUAUCUGGCUGCUCACCUGGAGGAGGGGUUCGAAGUCACUUGGAGGACAUGGUUACGAACCUCCAAAGCAGUAAGAUGACCUUGGAAGACCAACUGAAUAGAGAGGUCCAGAAGCAGAGCUUGCUCUCUCACACAGCCCAGGACUCUCGGGCCUUGUGGGAGGAGGAGCUAAAGGGCCGCUCUAAGUUGGGAGUACGAUUGGCAGAACUUGAAAAGGAAAAAGGAGAACUGAACAGCCAGAUGGAGAUCGAAAAGAAGAAAGCCAAGAAAAUAGCAGAGCAGAAGAAAGCUGUUGAUACUCGUCUGGAUCAGGAGAUAAAAAGAAACACGGAGCUUCAAAAAGAAAUGUACAGGCUGCGAACCUUAUUGAAGACUGCAAAAAAGAGAGUGCGCGAUCAAGACGCUGGUGGUGCUGAGUUUGGCUCUCCUAUGAGCAGCAUGCGGAUGGAUCUGGGCAGACACACUGAGGGGCACUUUGGGCGAAUGAAAGACAGGGUGGACGAUUUGCAGGUGCAGUUGGAGAAGGAAGCAUCUCUUCGCAGACAGCUAGAGAAGGUGAACGAGGAGCUCAAGGAUCAGGUGACUUCCUUGAAGAGCAUGAGCCACAGUAAUGAUUUGCUUGAGAGGAGUAAGAGGCAGUUGGAGGAAGAGGUACUGGACCUAAGACGCCGAAUGGAGACUGCUCAGGUUGAGCAGAGCCACGUGGAGCAGUACCGGCGCGAUGCAGAGGAAAGGGCUCGGCAAGAAGUACAACAGAAGCUGGAGCAGGUUAACCUGUUCCUCCAGUCCCAGGCUGCAUCACAGGAAGCACUCGACCAGAUUAAAGCUGCCAAUGAAGCUAGCCUGCGCUCUCAGCUGGAGCAGCGAAUCCGGGAGCUGGAGGGGGAAUUGGGCCGGGCCCGCACUUCCCAGCAGGAGAGCGUUAACCAACGCGAGUCUUCACGCACAGAGCUUGAGAGAUUCCGCCAACUAUAUACAGAAGAACUGCACCUACGCAAGUCUCUGGCUGCUAAAUUAGAGAGGGCCAACAGUCGGCUUGCAGAAGCCAAUUCCAAGUUGCUCAAUGAGCGCAGCAGGUCACUGAUCACAAAUGGCAGCCUUGGAGCGCCAUCGCUUGACUUUAGCUCUUUGGCUUCACCAGCCAACUAUGGAGCCUCACUUGGGCCCCUCAACAGGAAUCUUGGUCUGGGAUUCUCUCUCCUCAACCCUGUGGCUGAGGGACAGAACAGCAGGGUGGAGGACUACUUAGCCAAGAUGCAGAGUGAGUUGGAUAGAAGCAUAACAAAGGAAUUAAACAAUGCCACAGCAGAGCUGGAUGUUGCCUCCGCCCGUAUGUCACCUGUGGGAUCUCCCAGAAGGGAGUUGGACCCAGUUAGCAGAGCAACGCAACAGUACUUGGAGGUACUGAAGAAGAACAGUAUGAUCUGACCGUCAUCUCGUUUCAAUCAGACACCAUCUUUCAGCCAAUAAAAACACCUGAAUGUUGUAAAUCUCCUCUCAGUCCUCUUUUAUAGAAACAUAAAUACUGCACAUUGCACUUAACACCUCAGGAUCAAAGGACGAGUCAUAUAUGUGAUAAGAUUUAUAUAUCUCAAAGCAUGAAAAGUAUUUGAAACACAGUUUAGUUUUUAUUUUGUUUGUGCAUAUUUUGGCAUUCAUACGUGUGUAUUUACAAAUGUGCUUGUAAGCAUGAUUAAGAUAUUUGCCAUGAUAUUACAUUUUUGGUACAUGCCAUCAAAUGGUGCAAUAUCUCUCUUAUUUUAGUGCUGUGUUUAUUUUUAUUUAUUCUUUUUCUUUUUUUAAUGAACACUAUAUACUUGAACAAGACAAGCUGGAAUACUCUCCGGCUAUAGAAACAGGGUCACUGCGCUUCAGCUUUUUGUUGGCUUGUUUUUAAAAGUCACUAAGAGUAAGCUUUUUCCCAUUACUUGUAUAUGUUGUAACAAAGAUGGAAUAACUAAUGUAUAGACAUCAUAUUCUGUCUAAAGAUGUUCACGUAAUAUUUUGUAAUUGGAGCAACUGUGUAGUAUUUUUGUGAACUAUAAUUAAAAAUCCUCCCAAUUUA